AUGGCCAAGUUCCCCCCGGAGCAAGUGGUGUUCAACAAGCCCAAGGUUGAGCUGCAUGUACACCUCGAUGGAGCCAUCAGGGUGCAGACUAUUCUUGAUGUUGCCAAGAGACGAGGCAUCCAUCUUCCAUCAAAAACAGCUGAGGACAUGAAACAGAAGAUUAUUCUUCAUAAGCCUGGCACACUCACAAGUUUCUUGGAAAAAUUCAAAGAGUACAUGCCUGUGAUUGCUGGCGACAGAGAGGCCAUUAAGAGGGUUGCCUUUGAGUUUGUGGAAGACAAAGCUAAGGAAGGAGUCGUGUAUGUGGAGGUCAGAUACAGUCCACAUUUACUAGCCAACACUAAAGUGGACCCAAUUCAAUGGAACCAAAAAGAAGGUGACUUGAGCCCAGAUGAGGUGGUGCGUCUUGUUAACGAGGGCCUCAGUGAGGGGGAGAGGGCCUUCAAUAUCAAAGCCAGGUCCAUUCUAUGCUGCAUGCGCCACAUGCCAAACUGGUCCAUGGACGUUGUGGAGCUGUGUAAGAAAUAUCGACACGAUGGUGUGGUGGCCAUUGAUCUGGCUGGAGAUGAGUCACUCAACUGUAAAGCCUAUCCAGACCACAGGAGGGCCUAUGAGGAGGCAGUUCGCUGUGGGAUCCACAGGACGGUCCAUGCUGGGGAGGUGGGCCCGGCCACGGUGGUGCGGGAGGCUGUGGAAGUGCUGAAAGCUGAGCGUAUUGGUCACGGCUACAGUACACUUGAGGACCACACCCUGUACAAGCAGCUGCUGGAUCAAAACAUGCACUUUGAGACCUGUCCUGUUUCCAGUAAGUUCACUGGUGCUUGCAACUCGGACUUCGGUGAACAUCCCAUCAUCAAGUUCAUGCAGGACAAGGCGAACUACUCCCUGAACACAGACGACCCUCUUAUCUUUAACUCGACUCUGCAGCUCGACUACAACGUGGCGCACAAAUACAUGGGAUUCACCGAGAGCGAAUUCAAGCGACUGAACAUCAGAUCUGCAGAGUCGUCCUUCCUGCCUGAAAAGGAGAAAGAGGAGCUCCUCAGCAGACUGUACGAGGCCUAUGGGAUGAUACAGAGCACUGCCUUUUAAUGCCCACCAAUAUGUGAUGGGGAACAAAGGGAAACAACCCAGGAACACAUCGCUCCGACCUUCCAAUCCCCCAUCCCAACACAACAGAAUGUGUGUUUUACUAGAGCCCGACCGAUAGGGACAUUUUGGCUAUUGCCCAUACAGAUACUGGGAGGGGAAGGCAACUGUGGAUAACAGAUAUAAUGGCUGAAUUAAUUUGAGCUUUGUCCACACCCAAGAAUCUAAAACAGCUAGUGGAGCGGGGCUUGUUUGUUUAGCACAGCUGUUAGCAACCAUGAAGCUAAGCUAAUCAGAU